AUGUUUUCAUUGAGAGUUGUUGGAGCAUUCUCGCUGCUUCGAUGCGUUCUUUCUCAAGAAUUCGAUAGCCCUAUGCAGAUUGUCAACCUUAUCAACCCUCUCUGGGCUCUACCAGAUGGCGAAAAUUCCACAAGAGGGCUUGGGGCCUCAGUUGUCAACGUUGACUCAACAGCAACAACCUACGCUAUCAGCUGUGAUGCCACCGCUGAGUUAGUACCGGGUCCGACGCCCAUAACAUGUAUAUGGGAAACUGUUGGCGCGCAAGUGUUCACACAAUGGGAGACGAGUCUGCAGUUCUCUCAUAGCUUCACUGGCUUCGAUGAUGUUACCUCUUAUGAAGGCGACUUUAAAUUUCCUUCCACACUCGCACCUUCCGUUACUGGUACUUUCACCCUGAGCGUCGCUGCUCAAAUUGGAGUUACUCAAGAUGAGGGGACCAUUACUGCCAUGACACGGACUAGUUUGCAGACUGGCACGACAUCAGCGACCUGGUAUGCGAUUCUUAUCACAGCUGGUGGGGAGAAGUUGGCUGCUGCCUCAAGUUCAAGAACAGCUUCUGGAACAGCUUCCUCUGCUAGUAACAGUCAGGUUACAGGAACGAGCAGUCAGACCGAGACCUCGAGCACGGCGAGCGGGAGUGGUACGGUGACUUCUUCUUCGCCCAUUGUCACCUCGACACCAUCGACGAGUUCGGGGACUGGAGGGGCUGAUGCAGCGAGUCCAAGCACGACUUCGAGCAUUGCUGCGGCAGAGAAAGUUGGAAGGAAUAUUGAAUGGCUUGGUGGUGUCGUGGGUGGGAUUUUGGGUAUGUUUUUUUUGUGA